AUGAGCCGCACAGAGAAACUGCUCAUCAUCUACGAGACGGAGGCGAAGCAGUGGGCCACCUACCUCCAGUCAGCCUUCACCGGGCAAAUCCCUGAAGAUGGCAUCUGCUGCUACGACGUCAACACGCUGUCCAGAAAAGACGACUUUGUCGAGUUGUCUCGCUACGCCUGCAAGCUGCUGAUCCUUUCCAAGGGGAUGCUGGAAGGUCUUCACCGGAAGAGGGGCUUCUUCCUGUCCAGGGUGCUGAGUCCUGCAGCCUGUGUGGCGGUUCUGCUGUGUGGCGUGGACAGUCUGACCCCGCUGCUGGACCAGGUGCCCAUCAACGCUGACGAGUGCCUGCAGAUCUCCUGUGAGCAAGACGCUCCAGAGUAUGUGUGCAACGUGAUGGAUAUUAUACGAAAAGGUGGAUCAGCAAUGGCAGCAAAUGCGAACCCCAUGACACACAGACCAUCUGGAUCAGAGCAGAGGGACGAGCAGAUGCAGUCAUCUCGAGCCUACGGGGUCAAAUCCAGGGUUGUUAUCGUCCCCUCAAGGGUUCCCUGUGGGAGCUCCUCGGAGGUUUUCAUACUCCUGAAAAACGACUCGGCAGCCUGCGACUGCGAGGUCGAGUUCAAGGCAGAGAGGAAGAUAGAGAGAGUGAAGCCUGUCUGCUGGAGUGAGCGCAUCCUGUGUGUCAGUACACCAGCUGAUUUUCCUGCUGGAAAUGUGAGUGUGACUGUCUACAGUGGUGGGAAAACCUUUACCAGCUCUAAACUGCAGUACUACACAAGAAUUGAAGAACUCACCCAUCUUCUGUCAAGUGUGGCAGACCCUGUAGAGUUCAUGUGUCAGGCUCUUCAGGCUUGCUCUGUGGAAAAGUUGGAUCAGAAGUUGUCUUCCAUGCUGCUGGAGCUGAUGCCCACAGGAGGCUUUCAGGGACUGCAAGUAGAAAACACGCAAGAAAGAGCAGAGGUCCACCAUGGAGACGUGCCCUCACUCCUCCACUUCGCCGCUCGGUAUGGAUUCAGGAGCGUCUCGGGUCUGCUCCUGCAGUGUCCGGGCGCUGAACGAGCUCUGCGCACGGCUAAUCGACAUGGACAGACUCCUGCAGAGAUCGCCAAAAGCCACGGCCAUAAAGAGCUUCACGUCAUUCUGAAGGAGAAGCUGAAGAUGCUUGGCUCGGGCGACGACAACAGUGUGUAUGAAAUGAUGUGCAACGCAAGCAAACAGAGACAAUGUGAGGGGGAGGACGAGGAUCUCUACACGCCACUCGGGGUGACCGACGAAUCGAAUUCCAACUUCAAAUCUGAAAAGACCUUAGACCUUACCAACCGUCCGCCAGCACCCACACCGAGGCCUGAGUGCAUGCAGCUGAAAGAGGGCAAGACCCCAUACAUUGCACAAGUUUUUAAAAAGAAGAAAAUACCCAGGGGAGACACUGAUGUGUAUUCACUUACAUCUAAGCAGGCUCAAAGACAAGAAGGCGGCGCCUCUGCCACCUACGACACCUUCGUACCCAAUCAGAUGCAGCGCGAACAGCUGGCGGAGCUCCAGCAGAGGAUGAAGACCGGUUCGUUCUCUGUGGCCAAGGCUCUCAAUCACAUCAGCGACCAGCAGCAGGUCAAAAAGAGCGCCGUUAACAGGCAGGAGGAGAAGCUGAGUCACCUGAGAGCCGGCGUCAUCAACAACAGAGACGACUGCGUGUACGAUAAAAUCAACAAUGUUCACCUUACACCAAGCCAUCAGGUGAACGAGAGUCGCCGAGGAAACCAGCCGUCUGACUCUGGGUUUUACACAAAGCCACUAAACAAGCAGCAGAGCUUUCGGAGAGCUGACAAACGGUGAACGUGCAUGUUAACGUUAUUUACAAGAUAUAAUUUUUUUCCCCAAAAUACGCUUCUCUUCUUUACGUGGACAUCCAAUGAAACCAAAGUUUUCUGUUUUAGUUUCUAUGUUAUGGGAAUCGGCCAGUUUAUGAAAAAGGAAAUCACACCCCACAGAGUUUUCACUUUUUUUUGUAU